UGAUAAAACGACUCAAAACCCAGUUGUGAUUGAUGCCAACAUGUGAUUGCACAUCGAGUUUUCGUGGUUACAUCGAUACAGACAUCGGCGUGUUCAUCAGUGCGUAAAAAUAGAAGUUGUUGAUCGAUCGACUUCUCACAAAAGAAUGGCUAUACAUCUUCAAGAAGUGAUGCGAUCAGAAGUGGAGGGUGGCCUUGCUGGUCCAGCUAAUCCGAUACCGAAUCAGUCGAUAGAUUGCGGUUGUGGACUACUACCAUGUCCGAAAUUAGCAAAAUUUGCAACUCGCCGACUUUUCGUUGGCUUACUCUCAUGGGUUGGCUUGAUUCAAGCCGCUGCUUACGCGUAUCUUUUCAUAACAGGACCUACGAUCGGAAGAAGAUUUCAAUUUGAUCCUUAUGUAAUGGAAUGGGUACUUAUAAUAUCUGAUUUGACACCUUUCCUUCUUGGAAUAGUCGUUGCAUAUUGGGGUGAUAGAAUUCACAGAGCUGCAUGGAUUGGCGGUAUAGUUCUUUUGCAAAGCAUUUCGUAUUUUAUUAUGAUAAUUCCUCAUCUGACGCAUCAGACCAAAGUUAUCGAAGAAACCGAAAACAUGACACAUAUGUCGAUAUACGCAGAUGAUAGUCGAGAUCUAUGUUUCGACGCUUCUUCUAGGAUUGUUGCAAAGGAGAGUCAGCCCUGUUAUUUCACAUUUUCAAUGAUCUUCGUUGUACAAAUUAUAUCUGGUAUUGCGAACAUUGCGUACUUUGCGUUGGGUAUAUCCUAUUUAGACGAUAAUACAAAGAAAAAACACAUAGCUGCUUUCAUUGGUGUUCUCAUUUCUGCGAAGAUUUUCGGCAUUCUUCUAGGAUCUAUCCUGGCGUGGAUUUGUCUCAGAGUCGACGCAGUGACUUUGAGCUUGAUAAAGUCCUACAGAGAACAAAUCGGCGCAUGGUGGUUAGGGUUACCAAUUCUAACGAUACUACUCAUAGUUCCUGGUUUGCUUCUUUCAUGGUUCCCUCAAAUGCUACCAUCUGAGGUUGUCGAAAAAGCUGCUGCCUCGUUAUUACAUAGUUCCAACAAUCAAAAUCGAACAUCUCGCAGAUUGGUUAGCCGAAAAGCUGGUAAUUCCAAUUUCUGGCCAUCGGUCGGUAGACUGCUCAUUAAUAAAACUUUGAUUUGCCAAGUCGUUUCUUGUAGUCUUUACGUUAUGGCGAUUGUGCAUUUUAUUAGUUUCGAAAAUCUCAUUGCGCAAUCAAGAUUUCACGUACCGAAGCCAAGUGGGAUGUUACUCGGCUUCGAGGAUCCAGCUUCGUCAAGAUUAAUAUUAAAUAUCUUGAAACCUAUUCUAGUCGCCUUGAUCGUGAUCGUUUCUGGCCUAGUUAUUUCGAAGGCGAAACCUGGUGCUAAGUGUAUCAUUGGUUACAGUAUCAUCGUCGUACUUUUAGCAUCUGUAAUUAUUUUCUCAUUGUCUGCCUCAACUUGUGAGAAAAAGCCUAUUGUUGGUACCACUAGAAACGGAUCUCUCGUCCUGUUGAAGUAUUGUAACAGAAAUUGCGGCUGUUCGUAUGACGCUGAUUUUCGUCCAGUCUGCGAUAACAAAGGCACCUUUGUCUUUUAUAGUCCUUGUCACGCUGGAUGCACUUCUUCCAAAUUUAUAAAUGGCGUAACAAUUUACAGUGGUUGCAGCUGCAUAGAAGAAGAGAUAGGAAUGGAAGUGGAAGUGAUCGAUGGACCUUGCACUUCUACUAGUUGUCAAAAUAAUUGGAUACUUUUCGAGUCCGGAAGUCUGUUGACGUGCAUAUUAGUUGCAUCAACUUUCGUGGGAGAUAUAUUGAUAAUCUUGAGAUCAGUCAACACGCAGGACAAGGCCAUCAGCAUAGGCUUGUGGAUGUCGUGCUUGGCUAUACUUGCGAAUAUUCCCGGAAAAAUUCUUUACGAUGUGAUUGCAAAUCUAACGUGCCGACAUUGGGGAACUCAAAGAUCUGUGUGCCAUCUCCAUGAUGGCUUGAAGCUUGGCAACUAUCUGUGCUACAUGACAGGUUCACUAUUAGUUCUGUCUGUCAUAUUGAAAACCCUAGUGUGGUUCUUCUGCAGAGACUUGGAGCUUUAUAUUCAGAAAGACGAAGAACCAGCAGCAGCGACUGAACUGAGAAAAUUGAUGCGCAAUCCUGACGUUGCGACUAGUCAACAAGAGGAACCAACUAAGCCUGACCAUGAUAAUGACACGCCAGUUCGAGUAGAUAUCGCGAACGAGGAAUUGAAUAUAUCAACGAGGUCCCUAAAUGAAAGUCUGUCAAAGAAGAAUGAGGAAGAAGAGGAAGACAAGAGUGAGGAAACAACUCUGAAAUAUGGUCCCAUCGGUCCUGGGGAUCGUCGAACGGACUCAAAAUCAUCGCUGAAUCAAACGACGCAAAAUCGAAAGUCAAUGAUUCGAAACUUACAGUCGGAGGACGAGUUAAGUUCUAGCGACGAAGAAAGCAAAAAAAAAUCGAGUCCAAGGAUAGCAUACAAGCCGUUGAAUCUCGAUUCCGAUGUAGAAAGUGAUUUAAGCAGCGUGGAGCCAAGAUCGCGGAAGCGUAUUAUGGGGAAGGACUACGAUUCUGUUUAUACCAGCGAUCGCAGCUCUUCCGCGAAAAGCUCGCUCUUUAGACGUGAAUUUCCUAAUCCGGAUAACUACGGGGAUCCGAGACAAGCGAAACACAUAGAUGGUUCUUCGGAAACCAGCAGUUUCAAAUUUUCGAGAAAGAGGCAAGACGUUGAGGUACAGAAGAAGGGAGAUUUCAACGAAGUUGGUAUACCAAUAGUAGAUGUUCCUGUUUCGCGUGCUUCCGCGAAAGGUGUAAAAUCACUUAUUGAUCGAUAUGAACUAAACGCUGAACAGCAAACCGAAGAAGGCGAAGAGUCCUUCAGAUCAAGUGAAAACGGAACUCACAUGGAAAGUAAAAUAGGGAUCCCGCUAGUAGCUAUGGCACCGAAAAGACCUCUCUCGAGGAGUCAAUAUUCAUCAGGGUUCGGCAGCUUAACGGAUGGUAAGAUUCCUGCAAAUCGAUCCGAAUCCCGCGAAAGCGUUAGCACAAAAGCAUCUAGUAAAGGCAGUCUAGGAACACUGCGCACUGAUCUCUGAUGUACAACUAUGUUACAUAUCAGUUCUCUAUUUUGAAAUUUUAUACGAAAAUCUAUAAAGACACUUUAUUUAUUUAACA